GACCGAUACAAUUUUUGGAGUUUGUCAACAAUAAUAAACAAAAUUCCAAUUUAAAACCCCAAAAGAGGGGUGAGGAAUCCUGUUAAAAGUUGAGGCGAUCGAUCGAUCCAGGAGGAAAGAAAGGGGGAGAAAUGGCUUCCGUUGUGAGGAACGUUCUGAAGAGCAUCAGAGAGAAGGGUCUUGUAAGCUUCGCAAGAGAGCUUCGUGAAGAAGGAUUUCUGAAUUGUCUAAGUGAUGGAAAUCUUUUGCAAACGAAGAUUCACAACAUUGGUGCUACGCUAGUGGGUGUUGACAAAGUUGGCAAUAAAUACUAUGAGAAGCUUGAUCAAACACAAUAUGGAAGACACAGGUGGGUGGAAUAUGCUUCCAAGGAUCGUUACAAUGCUUCUCAGGUCCCACCUGAAUGGCAUGGUUGGCUGCACUUUAUCACUGAUCACACUGGAGAUGAGCUUCUAAUGCUUAAGCCAAAGAGGUAUGGGUUGGAUCACAAGGAGAAUUUCUCUGGAGAAGGCGAUGAAUACAUCUACCAUUCCAAGGGCCACACACUCAACCCUGGUCAAAGAGAUUGGACUAGGUAUCAGUCAUGGCAACCCACCAAGACCCAAUAAAUCAAUCAAUCAAUCUAUCAUUCUAUCUCUUUCCCAUAAAUCAUAAUCAACAAUCAAUAACCAUCAUGCUUCAAUUGCGCAAAGUUUAGCCAUCAAUCAAUAACCAUUGUUCUGUAUCUGUAUCAAUAACUUGAGUUUGGCUUUUAUGUUUUUUCUUCAGACAAUAUUAUCAACUCCAUGCUCCGUAUCACAAUGGCUCUCUACUUUUUCGUAUUCAUGUUUAAUGUUUUACGAUCCAUGUUAUGAUUCCUAUAAUAUGGGAAAGUUAUAGAUGAUGAUUUUCACUUGCUUACACCUCACAACUUUUUCAAAAUGUGUUUAAAUGUUGA